CUGUGUGCAUUGUAAAUCGGGGUGGAGGUUACAUCAAACCAGCACGUAGCUUGGGAAACAUCAGUGAUAGUUUCCUCUGGAGCUACUUUGCGGCUUAUAGGUGAUACAGGAGGUUGUGAUCUUUUGGCAUUAGGGAGAAAGGAUGGACUUAAACACAUCGAUUAUUUCCAAUUUAGAUGCUCGGUGAUACCAAAGGAUUAGAUCAAGGACAGCAGAAAUGUGACAACACUUGUUUCAGAAGAUUCAGAGCACUGACAGCUCUUGGCCUCCCCACGCAGGGGGCUCCUGCUGAGACAAGGAAAACCCGAGGAUCGCGGCCUUCAAUCCGGAUGACACCGGCACGCACGAGCUUCAUCGCUUUGUGUAGCUAGCAUCGGCUAAGCUAACAAACGUCUCAUUGAAUUUGACUUGAUUGUAAAUGGAUAUAUCAGUUCAGAUUGUGUUAUUUAUGUUGCUUGGACCGGGGAGCUGUUGAUGAGUUUGCUGUCCCCGAAAUGGGCAGAACACAUCUCCUAUAGGACCGUGUCUGGCUGUGAAAACGGCUGAAGGUUUUCCAGGCAUGAUGGAAGGACUUCAUAGCCAGAGUCUCAGCUUGGAUCGACGCAGACAGGAGCUUCUUGAGGCUCGAUUCACUGGAGUAGGUGUUGCUAAGACCUCUGCUAACAGCGAAUCAUCAAACCAGUCUCAGUGCAGCGCCGGAUCUGUGAGUGACAAGGAACCAGAGACUCAGGAGAAAAAGGCUAAUGGGAGAAGCAAGAAGAGGAAAGGUGAAAUUUUUGAAGGCAGCGGCCAAGGAAAAGGAAAAGGGCAGAAACUAAGUGAUUACUUUGAGUUUGCUGGUAGCAGUGGCUCUGGCACCAGUCCUGCACGAGGCCUCCAUUUGCUGCUGCGCUCCCCUUCACAGUGUUCUCUGUCUUAUCCUCCGAAUGGCAGCCCUUCAUCCAUUGGCUCCACCCACACCGACUCCUCUUCUUGCGGCUCCUUUAGGACAGCCCCUGCAGCUUCCUGCUCACAUAAAGCAGUCCAGUCAGAUCUGACACUGCUAAAACUGAAAGCAAUAGAGAAGGUCAAGAACACAGACCUGGAGAGGACAGAAGGGAGGAUAGACGACCUUGUGAGGUCUAACUGUGACUUGAGGCGGCAGGUGGAUGAGCAGCAGAAGAUGCUGGAGCGUUACAAGGAGCGACUGAACAAAUGUGUGAAGAUAAGCCAUCAGCUAUUGAUUGAGCAGUCCAAGAGGGAGAAGAUGGCUUGCAGGGACAAAAGCAUGCAGGAUCGUCUGCGUUUGGGUCACUUCACCACCGUGCGCCAUGGAGCAUCCUUCACAGAGCAAUGGACUGAUGGAUACGCCUUCCAGAAACUUGUCAAGCAGCAGGAACAAAUCAACUCACAGCGGGAGGACAUUGAAAGGCAGAGGAAGCUGCUGGGAAAGAGGAAACCUCCAAUGGUCCAGAUGCCUCCACCCAACAUGGAACAGAACAAGCGAAAGAGCAGAAACAAUGGGCAGGAGAAUGAGACGUUGUCGCUGGCUGCAUACCGGGAACAAGAGGAGAUUUUUAAACUUCGAAUAGGUCGUUUAAAAAAGGAAGAAGCGGAGAUCCAGACGGAGCUGGAACAGCUGGAGAGGGUUAGAAAUUUGCACAUUAGAGAACUCAAGAGAAUCCACAAUGAGGACAACUCUCAAUUUAGAGACCACCCGACGCUGAAUGAGCGAUACCUGCUUUUGCGUCUACUAGGAAGAGGAGGCUUCAGUGAAGUUUUUAAAGCUUUUGAUUUAACAGAACAGAGAUAUGUAGCCAUCAAAAUCCAUCAGCUCAACAAGAACUGGAGAGAGGAGAAGAAACAAAACUACCACAGACACGCCUGUAGAGAAUACAGGAUCCACAAAGAACUCGACCAUCCUAGAAUAGUCAAACUCUAUGACUAUUUCUCAAUCGACAGAGACUCGUUCUGCACAGUGCUGGAGUACUGUGGAGGGAACGAUCUGGAUUUCUACUUAAAGCAGAAUAAAUCGAUGACCGAGAAGGAGGGACGCGCCAUCAUCAUGCAGUUGGUCAACGCCCUCAAGUAUCUCAACCAGAUUCGGCCUCCCAUCAUCCACUACGACCUCAAGCCUGGGAACAUUCUGUUGGUUAACGGCACGGCCUGCGGUGAGAUAAAGAUCACAGACUUCGGUUUGUCUAAGAUUGUGGAUGAUGAGAGUUCUGCAGAUGGCAUGGAGCUGACUUCACAAGGAGCAGGAACCUACUGGUAUUUACCACCUGAGUGCUUUAUUGUGGGGAAAGAUCCCCCGAAGAUAUCCAAUAAGGUGGAUGUUUGGUCAGUAGGAGUCAUCUUCUACCAGAUCUUAUAUGGGCGCAAGCCGUUUGGUCACAACCAGUCCCAGCAGGAUAUCCUUCAAGAAAAUACCAUACUUAAAGCUACAGAAGUGCAAUUUCCCCCCAAACCGGUUGUCACUACAGAAGCAAAGGCUUUCAUUCGCCGUUGCCUGGCUUACCACAAGGAGGACCGCGUGGACGUGCUGCAGUUGGCCAGUGACCCCUUCCUAAUGCCCAAUAUUCGUAAAGCCCUGGGUAGUAACACAGCAUUGGCGCUGCCCAGUCCUUCCACCUCCAGCUGCUACAGCAGCAGUGCCUCCAACUCAAGUUAGCAUGAAGAAUGUUGUGGAAAGCUUUGAGGGACAAAGACAGCAACGUGGAGACAUUACUAAAGUGUGUGCAGAGCACAGGAAAAAGGGGGAGUAAAGUACAAAUGGAGAACGAUCCAAUGGUUUAAAAUGUGCCCAUCACUUUUCUCCAGCUGGUCCACAUUGCAGGGCCAAGCAUCCAGCUAUGGGCUCAUCAGAACCCAAAGAUUUGCAGAUAUGCAUGCACUAACAUAGACCUUGGCUUAUUCAAAGGGACUUUUUUCUUCAUGCUAAAUUAAAGAGCAUUUGGAAACUUUUGCACAACUGACUCGCUUUGAAGUAUGACAUGGUCAUACUCAGGAUGGUUUACAAAGGUUAAUUUAUAAUGUUUCAUCCCAUACUGCUUGAAAUCUAAUAAACUGUCAAUCAUAUCCCUAAUAGUCGGUUUCAAACACAAACCUAUAGGUUGGAAGAACUCCUGCGAGUGUUCAGGAGCAGCUGAUGACUGAGAAUUAAACGCAGACUUGAAAUCACUGAAGAUGAAUUCAUGACUUGAAAUGUAAGAGAGCUGAUUAUGGAGAGGAUGAUUAGUUUUGAUCUAUUUUGUGUAACUGUACUUGAAGUCAGCUUUUUAUUUUAAGGAAGUACAUAUUUUUCCAUUAGAUUUCCCCCUCCUAAUGUUGUGGCUAACCUUAAAGGGGGGGGCAGGUUGACUGGGUGUGUGUUGUGAGUUGCAACUCAUUGAAAAUAAUUAAUAAGAUCAUUAAAAAGUAUUUGUUAU